UUCAAAGAGAAAAAAGAAAAUCUAGUUACUUGUGAAAAAACACCUUUGGGACAACCAUGAUCUGGAUGACUGACAAUCUCCAUAGACAGAGAAUGUAAGAAUUAACUACACUUAGUAGUAUUAAAACAUUUGCAGUGAAACAUUCUUUUGCUAUUGCUCACGACUUUAGAAUUGGCUAUAAGCUGAAAAAAUUAAUAGGGAAAAAUUAUAUAUUUAAAAUAAUUUAAAGGAAGAGUAGCUGAAUUAAAAUGUUAAGAAAAACAGAACAGAACACUUUAGUAAUACUGUAGUUUGUAAUAUAAUUUCAAGCUAAAUUUGAAAUUUUAAUCAGACUCAGUUAUAAUAGCUACUAUGAAGAUUUUUUUUCUUAAACAGAAGGAGCGUUGGCUUACCUGAACGCCUUUUCUCAGCAUGAUGGUGAAGAAUCCACCAAUGGGUUAUUUCAGUCCUCCUGCCCAAUCAGACCAAUUUGUCAAGUUGUCAUGCCUCAUUAUCUGGGGCUUCUAGUUUCAUCGAGGGAUUAGCCAAUGACAACAGGUCGACGUGAUGACUCUCAAGCAGGCAUUAAAAGAAAGUUAACCAACAAGUACCCCACCUGGAUCUGACUGACAUGUAAUAGUGGAGGGUAUGGAUUCUUCAUCAUCGUGCUGGGAAAAGGUGUUCAGGUAAGCCAACGCUCCUUCUCCAGCAUGAUGACUGAAGAAUCCACCAAUGGGACAUAUCAAAGCCUCCGUAGUCCCUAAGGGUGGGAGUCAGUUGGGGCCGGACCCCCAGAUGGUGGGACCACUUGUUGAAAAAUAUGCCUACCAAAAGCGGCCUCAGCCGACGCAAAUUUAUCUAAAUGAUAAUGCUUAAUGAAUGGAGAUGGCGAAGAUCACGUCACCGCCCUGGGUAACCCAUGCCGCAGUUGUAGUGGUACUGCGGGUGGAAUGUGCCAUCACAUGAGGAGGAACUGGUAAGGCAAGAGAAACGUAAGUGGAUGAGAUACAAGCUCUAAUCCACCUGCCUAUGGUGGAAGCUGAUGUCUUUUGACCCAUUGUAGAAGGCUGGAACUACACAAAUAGAGCUUCCAAUUUACGGAAGGGUGCCGUGCACUUGAUAUAACAACGUAACACUCUCCUUACAUCCAAGGUGUGCCAACGACGUUCCAAUUCAUGUGACAGGUGAGGGAAGAAAUUUGGAAGGAUGACCUCCUGUGCUCUAUGGAAAAGCGUAUUAAUCUUAGGAAUGAAUGAAAGGUCUAGCCUGAGAACCACCCUGUCCUCAUGAAACGUGCAGAGAUCCUUCCUCACUGACAAGGCGGCCAAUUCAGAAAUGCGUCUGGCCGAGGUAAUAGCAAUCAGGAAGGAAACCUUGCGCGACAGGUGUCACAAUGAGCACGUUUUGAGUGGUUCAAAGGGAGCUGAGGUCAGUGCCUGAAGGACUCGAGAUAAGUCCCAAGAGGGAUACCUAUGAAUUACGGGCGGUCUACUAUUCGUGACCCCCUUAAGAAAGGCCGGGAUAGCGGGAUGCCAUGAUAAGGACUCUGAGGAGUCCCAAGAGAGUACUGAGGAAAGUGCUGCUAACUGUCUAUUGGGCGCCAGGCCUUUGUUGAUGCCCUCCAUUAAAUAUUCUAGGACCCUGGGAAUAGUCACCUGUGCUAGACUUACGUGCUUCUUGUCGCACCAUCCACAGAAAUUCUUCCACGUAUGGUCAUAAAUGGUCAUAAAUUGUUGAUGGUCUCCUGGCCGCCUGGAUCAUGUCGAUCACCUCCGCCGAAUAAGAUUCCCUGGUUAGGGUGCAGCGCUCAAAUGCCAGGCGGUCAGUUGCAGCCAUUGGGGGUCUGGAUGUGGAAGAUCCCCCUGCAUUAGCCGAAUCUGGCUAUCGGAAAUCCGCCACGGGGCUGAGGAUGAGAAACUCACCAGGUCCGCAAACCAAGGUCUCCUGGGCCAGUGAAGAGCGAUGAAGAUCAGUUCCUGGAAUCAGAGGCAGUGGGGGAAAGGUGUACAACAGGCCCUGAGGCCAUUUGCAGUGCAGCGCAUCCGUCCCCUCUGCUCCCCAGGAGGGGAACCGAGAGAAAAACCUGGGUAGCUGAGCAUUCUCCGGAGAGGCAAACAGGUCCACGAUCAGACGAUCAAACCUGUCCGAUAUCUGCCUGAAAUUCUCUGGACGUAACAUCCACUCCGAAUGAUCCGACCUGCUGAGGAAGUACGCCUGUCGAUUUGCCUCUCCCGAGAUGUGCGUGGCCCUGAUGGAGAGCAGGUGUUUCUCUGCCCAGGAACUCAAAGCUCGAGCCUCUGUCAUGAGGGACUUGGACCAGGUGCCCCCUUGCCUGUUCACGUGGGCUUUUGCGGCCAUGUUGUCUGUUUUGACCAGCACAUACUUUUCCCUGACUACUGUGUGGAACUUUAGAAGAGCGAGAUGUAUUGCUCUGAGCUCUAACCAGUUUAUGCUGUGUUUGAGGUCUGUUUGUGACCACCGCCCUUGAGCUAUCUGUGAGUCAAGAUGAGCCCCCCAACCAAAGAGACUCGCGUCCAUGAUCACCUGAACCCGAGUGGGCUCCUUGAACAGGGUCCCCUUGUGAAUGGCCGAUGAAGUCCACCAGCCGAGUGAUAAGCGUACCUGACGGGGAACCCGUACUAGCCUGUUGGAUGUGCUGGUGUGUUGUCUCUGGUACGGGAGUAGGAACCACUGCAGGUCCCGGGCAUGUAAGCGGGCCUAUGGCACUAUAGCUAUGCAGGAUAUUAGCUUGCCUAGAAGUUGAGAAAGCAUGGCCAAUGACACAGUCCUGUGUCUGCUCACCUUGCGGGCCAGGUUCUUGAUGCUCCUGCGCCUCUCCUCUGACAAGUACACGUGGCACGAGUCCGUGUCUAUCACUGCUCCCAGAUGAAGCAGGAGGGUGGAGGGAGUCAUCUGGCUCUUGCUGAAAUUUAUCAGGAAGCCGUGGUUCUGCAGGGUUCUUAUGGUGAGGGCCAAAUCCGACUGGGCCGCUGAGACUGACAGGGACUGGAUUAGAAUGUCACUCAGAUAACACUGGACCCUUACGGGAACCAGCCUUAAGUGAGCUGCCAACACUGCCAGGAUUUUGGUAAAGACCCUGGGGGCUGAGGAGAGACUGAACGGAAGGGUUCUGUAUUGAUAAUGAUGGUUGAGGUAUUGCAGGUAUCUGCGAUGAUCCGGUAGUAUAGGAAUGUGUAGGUAUGCUUCCUUUAGAUCUAUUGAGGUCAAUAGAUCUCCCUGCCUGAUACUGGUUAAGAUGGAAUGUAACGUUUGUAUUUUGAACCUCUUGUAUUGAAGGUGGAGGUUCAGUCCCUUGAGAUCGAGGAUUGCCCUCUAUCCCCCAGAAGACUUUGGGACUAUGAACAGGAUGGAAUAGUACCCCAGUCCCGCCUGGUUUGGGGGAACUUCCUCUAUCGCCUUGAUGUAUUAUUUCACAGUCCUCUUUGGCCAUGAAGGGCAGAAGCCUCUGGAGCUCCGUUGUGAGGAAGAAGCAGAUGGAGAAGAGUGGGUGGAGGCUAUUCAGCAAGCCAGCUAUUCAGAUAUCCUGAUUGAGAGGGAAGUAUUAAUGCAAAAAUAUAUCCAUCUAGUUCAAAUUGUAGAGACAGAAAAGAUUUCAGCAAAUCAGCUACGUCAUCAGCUUGAAGAUCAAGACACAGAAAUUGAAAGGCUUAAAUCAGAGAUUGUAGCUCUCAAUAAAACAAAAGAACGAAUGAGACCAUAUCAAGGCAAUCAAGAAGAAGAAAAUCCAGAUAUUAAAAAGAUUAAAAAGGUACAGAGCUUUAUGCGUGGUUGGUUGUGUAGAAGAAAAUGGAAGACAAUUGUUCAAGAUUAUAUUUGUUCUCCACAUGCAGAAAGUAUGCGAAAAAGAAACCAAAUAGUUUUCAACAUGGUUGAGGCAGAAUCUGAAUAUGUGCAUCAACUUUAUAUCCUUGUGAAUUGUUUUCUAAGGCCCUUAAGAAUGGCUGCAAGUUCAAAGAAACCACCUAUUAGUCAUGAUGAUGUUAGCAGCAUCUUCCUUAACAGUGAAACUAUAAUGUUCCUUCAUGAAAUAUUUCAUCAAGGAUUAAAAGCAAGAAUAGCAAACUGGCCUACCUUAAUUUUAGCUGAUUUAUUUGAUAUUCUUUUACCAAUGCUGAAUAUAUAUCAAGAAUUUGUUAGAAAUCACCAGUAUAGCCUACAGGUGCUGGCAAACUGCAAGCAGAACAGAGAUUUUGACAAACUCUUAAAGCAAUAUGAAUCCAACACUGCAUGUGAAGGCAGAAUGCUUGAAACAUUCCUUACCUACCCUAUGUUUCAGAUUCCUAGAUAUAUUAUCACCCUUCAUGAACUUCUAGCUCAUACACCACAUGAACACGUGGAAAGGAAAAGCCUUGAGUUUGCUAAAUCUAAACUGGAAGAACUUUCAAGAAUAAUGCACGAUGAAGUGAGUGAUACAGAAAAUAUACGGAAAAAUCUUGCAAUAGAAAGAAUGAUAGUAGAAGGUUGUGACAUAUUAUUGGAUACCAGCCAGACUUUUAUACGACAAGGAACUCUUAUUCAAGUCCCAUCAGUUGAGAGGGGAAAACUUAGUAAAGUUCGCCUGGGAUCAUUGUCUUUGAAAAAAGAAGGAGAAAGGCAAUGUUUUCUAUUUACAAAGCACUUUUUAAUUUGUACAAGGAGCUCUGGAGGAAAGUUGCAUCUACUUAAGGCAGGAGGCGUCCUUUCACUAAUAGAAUGCACACUGAUUGAGGAAACUGAUAUGAAUGAUGAUGAAUCGAAAGGUUCUGGGCAAGUAUUUGGGCACCUUGACUUCAAAAUUGUGGUAGAUCCUGCAGGUGCACCUCCAUUUACAGUGGUCCUUUUAGCCCCUUCGCGGCAGGAAAAAGCAGCAUGGACCAGUGACAUUAGUCAGUGUGUUGACAACAUACGGUGCAAUGGUUUAAUGACAAUAGUAUUUGAAGAAAAUUCCAAAGUCACUGUGCCACAUAUGAUCAAGUCUGAUGCCCGUCUUCAUAAAGAUGACAUUGACAUUUGCUUCAGCAAAACUCUGAACUCCUGCAAAGUACCACAGAUUCGUUAUGCAAGUGUUGAACGCCUUUUGGAAAGAUUAACAGACUUGAGAUUUCUCAGUAUUGAUUUUCUUAAUACUUUCCUACAUACUUACCGCAUAUUUACUAAUGCAACAGUUGUACUAGAAAAACUGUCUGAUAUUUACAAACGGCCUUUCACCUCAAUCCCUGUCAGGUCUUUGGAACUGUUUUUUGCUACUAAUCAAAAUAAUAGAGAACAUAUGGCUGAUGCAAAGUCGCCACACCUCUGCCGCAAGUUUUCUUCCCCUCCACCUUUAUCUCUCUCUAGGACAUCUUCACCUGUUAGAACAAGAAAAUUAUCAUUAAAUUCUCCACUAAAUUCAAGAAUAGGAGCAUUAGAUCUAUCUGCUUCUUCUGUUAGCAGUCCUACCUCAACAUACAGCCCUGGAACAUCAUCACCCCCCAUGUCAACUAAAGUGCCACUGGAUCUAAGCAAAAGCCCUUCAUCUCCAGAGCAAAGCCCUGGUUUCUCAGAAGACAAUUCCGAAAAUCUACGCAAUGAGCUUUGCAAUAAGCUACGAAGAAGUAUUCGAAGAGCAGGAGUUUUGGAAUCUGUACCAGUUGAUCAUCCUAUCCCAGAAAGUGCCUCAACAGUAGAUCCUCCUGAGCUGUCUCCAUGUAGAUCCCCUUCAACUCCACGACAUCUACGUUACUGGCAGACAGGAGUACAGGUGACUGACAAUGGUUAUUGUUCUGUUUCUCCUGCUUCUGCUUUUGCUAUUGCUACAGCUGCAGCUUGUCAUGGAAGUCCACCAGGAUUUAAUAAUUCUGAACGAAUAUGGGAUAAGGAGUUCAUAAUACGUCGUGCAGCCACUAAUCGUGUCCUGAAUGUCCUUCGCCACUGGGUGUCAAAACAUUCUCAGGAUUUUGAAUUAAAUAAUGAAUUGAAGAUGAGUGUUCUUAAUCUACUAGAAGAGGUUUUGAGAGACCCUGACCUUUUGCCACAAGAAAGGAAAGCUACAGCAAAUAUCCUCAGGACACUUUCUCAGGAGGAUCAAGAUGACACACACUUAAAAAUAGAAGAUAUAAUGCAGAUGCUAGAGUGUCCAAAACCAGAAUGCUUUGAAACAUUAGCAGUGAUGGAACUUGCUGAACAAAUAACUCUCUUAGAUCACAUUGUCUUCAGAAGCAUACCUUAUGAAGAAUUUCUUGGGCAGGGUUGGAUGAAAUUGGAUAAAAAUGAAAGAACACCUUACAUUAUGAAAACUAGCCAACAUUUUAACGAUAUGAGCAACCUUGUAGCAUCCCAAAUUAUGAAUUACACUGAUAUCAGUUCCCGUGCUAAUACCAUUGAGAAAUGGAUUGCAGUGGCAGAUAUUUGCCGAUGUAUGCACAACUACAAUGGUGUCCUUGAAAUCACAUCAGCCUUGAACAGAAGUGCAAUCUACAGACUAAAAAAAACCUGGACAAAGGUUUCUAAACAAACUAAAGCUCUUAUGGAUAAACUUCAAAAGAUUGUGUCAUCUGAAGGAAGAUUUAAAAAUCUGAGAGAAACACUCAAGAAUUGCAACCCUCCUUCGGUGCCAUAUCUUGGGAUGUACCUCACAGAUCUGGCUUUUAUUGAAGAAGGAACACCAAACUUUACUGAAGAAGGCCUCGUCAAUUUUUCUAAAAUGCGAAUGAUAUCGCAUAUUAUCAGGGAAAUACGUCAAUUCCAACAGGCUUCCUAUCGAAUAGAGCAUCAACAAAAGGUCACUCAGUACUUGUUGGACAAAAGCCUCAUCAUAGAUGAGGACACACUGUACGAACUAUCUCUAAAAAUUGAGCCCAGACUGCCAGCCUGAGAAAUUAAUAUUAUUCUUCAGCUAUCAAGAACUUAGUUUAAUGGAAAAAUUAUGCAUGGCACGCCUCUAAAGAAUGCAAGGGGCAAAAGCUGAGAAAAAUUGAAGUUCCCUUCUCAAUUAAAGGGAUGCAGAGUCUCACAGAGAUACUUUUUCAGAGAAUCAACUGUUGGAGGAAUGGAGCCACAUAGCAGAAAUGUGGGUCAAAUGGUUGCUAUUUGACAGAAGUAAAGAGAUUUCAAAAUAAAUAAAGGACUAAAGAAAAGGUGGGCAAUAACUGUACUGAGCCAGUCAAGGAGACAGCAGACCAAAAUUUGAGUACAAUGUUUUGCUUGAGUUGAAUAAACAAUAGCAUGCUACUAGAGGAAGAAAUCUUGUCUAAUUCAAAAAGCAUGUUUUAUUUAGGUAUUUUGACCAAAUUUGCACUUUAUCAAGUCUAUUGUAAAUGAAAGAGUAUUUGUAAAAGCAACAAUGUAAUAUGUAACAGCAUUAUUUCCUGUAUAAUCCAUUCAGUAUAAUCCAUUCAGCAUGGUGAGAGAUAUCAAAGCAGGCAAGAGGGCAUCUGCAGCAUCCAUCAACUUGCCUGUUUUGAUACCCUUUGUGGACACCACUAAAACUGUUCAUUUUAACUGAAGAUGUCUGUUCAUAAAUUAAUUUUCCUAUAUUUACUUUUUUCAAAACUGAAAGAAGACUGAAGAAUAUCAGUGUGCCAUUAUAAAUACUAGCUUAAUAUUCUAAAUAUAUUAUUCAUUCUCUAAUCAUAGCAAUAUGUGAAAUGAUCUGGUAUGCAAAUUAAUGCACUGUCUUGCAUGGUUGCUCAAUAUACAAGCUUAGAAGGGACUGGUUUGAUAUUGCAAUGUUGUGGCAGCCCUGUCUCUAGAUUAGUCUCUUUGGUAAUUUGUACUUUGCUUUCCAAUAGCACAUUUCUCAUAUAACUUUUGUUAAAGUAUAUAUGUUUUAAUGGGAUUGUGAUGUCUUCUCCUAUGCACUAGUAGAUGAAAUGAGUGUGUGUGUGGGGGGGGGGGUUCUUUCAUACUGGAAAGUAGUUCCAAGCAAAUAUCCUAUUAUAAGGAUUGACCUCUUACCUUUUGACCCCAUUCCAUUGAAGACAAUAAGUGACCCUCAGUUCUGUACUGAUGUCAGAGGCUAGAGACUUAUAGUCAGUAGGUUAACCUGAGAAAUAAUAUGAAUAAAUCAUAUAUAAUUUUGUUGUUCUGAUGGAUUUUCAUACUCUUUAGAACAAGUUAUGAAGGUGUAGAGUUUCUGAAUCUUUUACUUUUUUAUGGAUAACACUACACACUAUGAUCUCUGUUCUUGGCACUAUAAUAUCAUUUAACUACCAUUGAGCUUCACAUAACUAGGCUAGCAGUAACAAGCAUAUAUUUGUGAUUUUGCAUGUGUCUGCAUACAAUGUGAGUCCAGGAUCACCUUAAUAGUUAUAAAAUUAUAAAAGCCAAUUUUUAUAAGGGUAGCUUGCAUUCAAACAAUUGAUCUGCCACAUACAUUAAUAAAAAAUCCAUAUUUUUUUCUAAAGAAAAGAAAAUUUCCAAUACUGAACAGUAUAUAUACUCUACUCUUAUGUAGAAUUUUCUGCAAACAUACUUGGAUUGCAGCCAUGAUCUUAUAAGAAUUACAAAUUAUUUUGCAUAUUCACUUAUAUUUUUGCUACAAGUUAAUCUGUUUAUAUUACAUUCCCUCACCAUGAAUCCUAGAUUACAAGAUUGUUUGAACAGCAGUAAUUUGCCAAAUUCAUGGAAAGUAAAAAUAUAUUCAUCCUAUUUUUUUUAAACUUUGAAAGAGUAAAUAAUAUUUUAAUCUCUCAUUCUCCAUAUUGACUUUAGAAGGAAGAAUAUGUUUAAAUAUUUGUUACUGAAACUACUUAGGAAGAAAAAAUAUUUUUAUUUAACUGACUUGAAUAAGUUACUAACAGAUUUAUUUUUUUAAGUCUAUGGAGAUUAGAUUACUUGUAGAUCAAUUUACAUUUUCAGACAUAUAUACUAGUUCUUUGAUUGCCUAAAUAAAAGUAGUCUCCCUGAAUGGAAAGAAUACAUAAACCAAUUGUUUGAAAAUGCAGUUAAUAUCACUUUUAAAUAACUAGAAUGAAAAAGUGUGCUUUUCCAAGGAGUCUCAGCCAGCAGAUGAAAGAUCCCCUUAAACCCUCUCAGGACUACUACUGUUUAAAAAAGGAUGAUCAUUUGGUUAUACUUGAGAUUUUAUUAUUUAGUGCUAAACUAAACUAAACUCUGACAAUGGAAAAUUAAUCUGUGUGGCUUUUUUUCAUCUCCAUUUCUAGUAUAUUGCCAGCCCAGAAAAUCUAGUUUUGUCUAAUUACAAAUCCCAUCCAUUAUCUGCUCAGUAGGAAAUUUAAUCAUUCUAAAGUGCUAUUUUUAUAUAACUAUAUGCGUGGCUGCACAUUUAAAGGAAUUAUAAAAUACUCUGUUAAGUUUUCAGAAGAACUUAAAUAGGAAUGAUGUAGGCAUGUUUAAGUAUUUCUGGUUAAUGAAUAUGGUAAAUUUCAAUGUGAAUAAUGUUAUUUAUAGAUAUUUGUUUAUUUUCUUUUGUUGAAGAUGAUUGUUCCUUUCAUAAAUGCCUAUCAGAAAAAGAUAAUAGCAGUUUGAGCAUGAUAAACAGAAAGCAUGGAUUAUAUGACCACAAGAUAAUUUACUGAUAUUUUCGCUGUUUUACUAUUUUUUAAAAUUUCAUGCACCAGUUAUUUAACAGAAGUACACUAAUUUCCAAGGCAAUAUUUUUUAAUUAUUUUCUUUCGCCUAGAGUGAAUCAUCUUUCCUUCUUCACAAAUUCCAUAUAGAACCUAUAUAUUAUUUUGUGAGAAUUGUUUGUGACAUAGUGAUUGAUAAUUUAUUUUGAUUUCCUUGUAUUUCAUUUUAUAAUAUUAGCUUUGUCCUUUCAGGGGGCACUUUGCCUAUUUUAGAUUCUAAGUGCAGCCGAAGGUGCUUAUAUCUGUUUUUCUCGUAUUUAAUUUACAUAUUCUAUUAAAUUAUAUGAUAACUCUUA